GAAGGAAGAGUUGUUUUCGAGAAUCAGUGGCCAAGAAUCUUCAAUAAAAUCUUGUAAUCUUCACGGAGAAGUUAUUUAUUGUAAAAAUAAUGUCUGCGUCCAUCCACCUACUCCCUUGCGCACGGAAAUGGAUCAUCAUCCAGGAUAUCUUUGUAUUAAAGCACAACAUGAUGAUGUGCUUGGCUCAACAUUAAUUCUUUCAUGGAUUCCCAAUUCAACACUAAAAAAGAAUCCACGUAGUUUAGAAAAUCGUACACCAGGGAGUUCUCCAUGUCGUAGUGCUCGUAGCAGUGCCUGUCCUAGUCCAACUUUAGGAAAUCGUUCAUCACAUCCAUCUGGAAAUAUUUCACCUCAUGCUUGCAGUGAAAAAUCGUUUGAUGAUUAUGUUUGUACAUUGCAUAAAACAAUUUCUGGAGAUCAAGAAACAAGUAUUAGUUCUACUGUAUCAGACUUAGGUAGUCCUAAAGAAGAUCUUGGAAGUUUAGACAGUUGGACAGCUAGUGAUUUUACGGAGACUACUACUUCACCAAAUUAUUCACAGACCUCUUUGGAAACAAGUGAUAAAGAAAGAAGUGAUUAUUUUUCAUGUGAAACUAGUCAGUCAUUAAACAAAAGUUCUAUAAUAGCUAGUAAUUCUAAUUCGCUUACUAAUGCAAAAAUUCAGUCGGAUUCUGGUAUAGGACCUGAAGAAGUAAUAGCAGCAUUAGAAUCUAUGAUUAGUGAAAUCAAUGAAAUAGAUAUUAGUUGUGGAGGUUCAAAGUCAAGUAAUAUCAAUUCAAAUGCAUCAGGUACAGACAGUGGAAUAUCUAUUCAAUCAAAUGAUCACAGUUUAUCUUCUCUUAAUAGAACAAAUUAUGAAGGUAAAGCUAAAGUUUCUAAUCAAAUUCAUCCAGAUAAAGAAUUGUUUCCUUAUAAUUCAUCUAGUUCAUCCAGUCCAGAACAUACACUUUCUUUUAAAACUGAAAAAUCAAAAAAUAAAAAGAAUAAGAGUCAUCAUGCUGACAAAGAAAAAACUAAAAAGAAACAUUUUCAUUUAAAUUUAUCACAAGACAGUGAAGAUAUUACUUUGAAGUCAACAUUGAAAACACCAACUCCAGAUAUAAGUAUUAGUCCAAAAAGUGAUAGUUCAGCAACAGAAACUACUUCAAAUAAAGAUCCGGAAUCUUGUCCAUCCAGUGCUGCUGAUUCCAUUCCAAAUUCGCCUAAUCAGCAAAUAAAAUCAAAUUUUUUGUAUGAGGGUACACCCGAAUCCUUAGCCCAUGCUCACAAUCUCACUUUUCCUGAAACUGCUUCAAGUCAGAGUCCUAGUCGUCAGUUAAAACGAGAAAGUCCUUGUGGAAUAUUUUCAGUUGAUCUCAGUCAAAUGAGAAGUUUACGAUUAUUUUUUAGCAACAAAGAAUGUACUUGUGGCCAAUUAGUUAUAGCUAGUCAAGAAAGUCAAUAUAAAAUAUUGCAUUUUCAUUAUGGUGGUUUGGAUAGGUUAGCAAAUGUAUUUGAUGAUUGGAAUUUUCUUUCUAAACCUAAGAAUAAGACAGAUAAUUGCCCUUAUAGGCAGUUUUCUGUAUGUAGACCACAAGUAACUGCUGCAGAAUGUCAUCCUGAAGAAGGUGUCUAUACCACUGUAGACGAACAGAUAUGGAGAGAAUAUAUGAAUGAUGAUGGCCAAAUUGAAGAUGAUUUUCAGUUGAGGAAGGCGAUAUUUUUUGGUGGAUUAGACCAUAAGUUACGAAAGGAAGCUUGGCCUUUUCUUCUUCAUUAUUACAGUUUUCAAUCGACAUUUGAUGAAAGAGAACAAGUUCGUAAUGAUAAAUAUAUAGAAUAUCAAGCCAUCAGAAGGAAAAGGGAUCACAUGUCUUUAGAAGAAAAGGAAGUAUUUUGGAGAAAUGUACAAUGCACGGUCGAGAAAGAUGUUAUUCGUACAGAUAGAUGCAAUCCUUAUUUUGCUGGAGACGACAAUCCAAACAUUGAAAUAAUGAAGUAAGAGGUUAAUUUCAUAUGUAAA